AUGGGUAAUUCUAAUAAAAAAGAAAUCAAUAAAAAUCAAGGAGAUACAAUUUUAAAUCUUGAUGAUAUAGGAGAAAAAGAGAAAAAAAAAAUAGAUAACAAAAUAUAUGUAGAUAAUAAAAAAGUGAAAGAUGAAAUAAAAGAUAAUAAAAUAAAUAUUGAUAUUAAAGAAUGCAAGGAUAAAUUAAACUCAAAUGAAAGUUUAAAAAGUAAGACAACUGUAGAUGAAAAUUCAGUUAAUACUUAUUUUUAUGAAAAUUAUCUCAGAAGCUUUUUCAACAUAAAUGAUAUUAAUAAAUAUGUAAUUAAUGAAAAGAGUGAAUCUUGUAAUAAUUCUAAAAAUUUAAGUGAAAAUCAUAUAAAAAUGAAAAAUAAAAAUGUGAAUGAUAUUAUUAUUCACAAUAAUAAAUAUAUAAUAAAUUUUUUAAAUGGUAAAGAGAAAAAUAAAAUAGAAAUAGCUAAUUUUAUCUCCUUUUAUUUUUUCUUUUUAAAUAUAAAGAAUUUAAUGAAUGAUUCAAGUAAAAAUGUAUUAUUAAAAGAUGUAUCAGAUACUAACUAUAUAUAUAAAAAGAUAAAUAAAUCAAAAAAUUACAUAUCUGCAAAUGAUAUGGAAACAUGUAUUAGAAACUAUUUGUAUCAUAUUGAUAAAAGAAAUUAUCCUAUUUUAAAAAAAAAUAUUGAAAUUGGGAGAAAUAAAAAAGAAGUGAAAGAACAAAGUAUGAUGAACAAAAGAAAAAGCAAUUAUAAAAAUGAUGAUUCACAAAUAAGAGAAAAAAAAAAAGAAAGAGAAAGAGGGAGAGGGAGAGGGAGAGAAAGAAAAAGAAAAAAAGAAAAGGAAAGAAAAAAUAGAAGGCAAAGAAAAAUAAUAAAUAUAGAUGAUGAAAAUUUAAAAAAAAAAAUUAUAAAAUAUAAAACUUGGGAAGAAUAUAUAAAAAGAAUAAAGAAAAAGAAUAUUAAAAGAAAGAGUUUUGUUUAUAAAAAAUUUAUUCCAUAUAAAUUGAAAAAUAGGAAUAUAAAAAUACUUAAACAAAAAAAUAAAUUAAAAAAGAAUUAUCCUCUAAGUGAUAAUAUAUGUUACACCAAAGUAGAAAAUGAUGAGAAAAUGAAUAAUGAAGAAAAUAAUAAUUCAAAUAGAAAUGAAAAUAAGGAAAAAAUAAAUAAAAAAAAUGUGAAUAAUAUAUCCACAGAAAAUAAUACCACAUAUGUUGAAGAAAAUGAAAAUAAUUUAAAUAACGAAAAAUUAAAAAACAUCAUUAAUAGAAGUAAUUAUAAAUCUCCUAAUAAACAAAUAAACCAAAAAAUUGAUAAUCCAUAUUCUAUAUAUAUUAAAAACACAUUGUCUAAAGUAUUUUAUAAAGAUGAAAUAAAGAAAAAAGCAAAAAUGCGUCAAGCAAAAGGUAAUAUAAUAAAUAAUAAAGAAAAAAUAGAACAAAUGAAUGUUGGAAUAUCGUUUUCUCCUGCUGGUUUAUUAAUUCCAUAUCAUUUAGGUGUAAGUAGUUUAUUAAUAGAAAAAAAUAUUUUGAAUAUUCAUACGAAUAUAGCUGGCUCAUCUGCUGGUAGUAUUUGUGCUUGUUGUUUGAGUAUUGGGUUAAAUGUAGAUAAAUGUUUUUUUUUAAUUGAAAAUAUUAUUAGUAAUGUAUACAAAAACGGAUGCUAUCAAAAAUUACAAAACUUAUUAAAUAUAGAAUUAAAUAAAUAUUUAUAUAAAGAUAGUUAUAAAUUUUUAAAUAAAAGAACAGGAAAUGUUUUUGUUGGAAUAACUCAAAUAUUACCUUUUUAUAAAAAGUUAAAUAUUAAUAAAUUUUAUGAUGAUAAUGAUUUAAUUAGUGCUAUUAUAGCAUCAUGUAAUAUACCUAUGUAUUUAUCUAGUAAUAUUUUUGUCAAUUUUAGAAAUAAAAAAUGUAUUGAUGGUUUUUUCAGUACAAAAAAAAAGGAUUUUGGCUGUCCAAAUACAAAAACAGAUAGAACGAUUAAAGUAUCUCCUUUUGAUUCUGAUUAUGUAGGUAUUGAAAAUAAAAAUAAUAGCGUUAUUAGUCCUCAUUUAAUUAAAUAUAAUCAUGUUAUAGUACUUUUUUUAUCCAUUAAAAACUUAUUUCAUAAAUUUAUAAAUAAUUUAUUUUUGAAAAAAGAUUAUUUAUUUCUUAUAUAUAAUUUAAAAAAAAUUUUAAACAAGAAAAUAUUUGAUAAUUAUGAAUUUUUGAAAAGCUAUUUUAGUUUUUUAAGAAGUAACGAAAUAAUUGAUGAGAAUAAAUUUUCUGAUAAAAAGAAUAGCGUUGAAUUAAUUAAUCUUCUCCGUAUUAAAUUAAACAAAUUAAAUUAUAUGGAUAUGAAUGAUUUAGAAAUAGAAUUAUUUAUAGAUUUAAAUAAUGAAAUUUUCACACAAUUUAAUAAAUACAAUUGUAAUUUAAUAAAAUUUUAUUAUUUUUCUGUCACUUUAAUAAAUAUUAUAAGUAAAUAUUUUUCGGAGAAUUUCUGUACUUCUAGCUUAGAUAAAAUUGUAUCAGAUUUUUUAGAAAACAAUAAAAAUUAUAUAGAUGAGAAAUACAAUGAUUAUGUAAAAGAUAAAUUAACAGAUAUAUAUGAUUUUAAGUUUCAAGAAGUUAUUCAGUUUUUGAAAAAUGAAAACCUUUUAAAAAUGAAUAAAUAUAUACACUUUUAUCCAAAAUUAAAAAGCGAUAUAAUCCUAAUUUUUUUUAAAGAAAUAUUUAUUAAUGAAAACAUUGUAAAAAUAGAUAAAAAAUUUUUAAAAAAAAAAAUUACAUUUAUGAUAGAAGUAUUAAAAGAAAUUUAUUUUAAUGAAUACAUUAAAAGAGAAAUAAUAAAAAUCAUAUUUUUUAUAGAUGGUAAAGAAUUAGAUAAUAAAAGUACUGAUAAUUAUAGAAAACAUUUUUUAUUAACCAAAAAAAAGCAAGAUGUGAAACCUAUAAGGCAUUAUUUAAAGUAUAAUCACAUAUAUAAAAACUUCAUCUAUAUUAUCAAUGAAAUAAAGAAUUAUAAUAAUAAGAUAACAAAAAUUAAUAAACAUAAUUAUUAUAAUUUUAUGAAUUUAAAUGUAGAAGAUAUAAAUGAUUCAUAUAUAUUUUUAUAUGUUUAUUUAUAUUCUAAUUUAUAUUAUAAAAGCCUUCUUGCAUUAAUGAACGUUGAAAAUAUAGAAAAAUUCUUAAAAUUAAAAACUUCAAAAAGUAAUGCUAAUAUAUUUUUAAGUAGUAGUAGUACAGGAAAAAAUGAAAAAAAUGAUUUAAAAAAGGAUAGUUCAAAAAAUUUGAAUAAAACUUCAAUAAUUACGUUAUCAAAAAAAUUCUCUGAAAUGUGGCAAAAUAAAAAAAAUAUGUUAAAACAAAAUAUUAAUGAAAUAAAUAAAAAUCAGAUAAAUUUAUUUAAGAGAAUUAACAUAGAAAAGAAUAAAUAUAAAGUGAAUUAUUUCAAAAAAAGUUUUAGUGAAACAAAUAAUUAUUCACACAAUAAUGAAAUUUAUUAUAAAGAAUUAUAUAAUAAAGAGAUAUAUAAUAACGAAAUGAAUAACAAUAAAAUUUACAACAAUGUAAUAAUCAGCAAUGAUAUAAAUAGUUUUUCUUUUUUUAGAAAUUUGAAAUGUGUAAAUAAAAUGAAUUAUUUUAAAUAUAGAUUUCAUAAAAACGGUGAAAAUUUAUUAGAUUCUAUAAAUAAUAACAAUAAUUUAAAUUACAUAAAAUAUUUUUAUAGUUUUGAAAAUUUACUUAUUUUUAAUUAUGACUAUAGCUUAAUUAAAAAAAUCUGCGGUUUUUAUGUAAUGAAUAAAAAUAAAAUAUAUGAAAUGAACAAAAAAAAGAAAAAAGAUAUUUUUCUUCUUUUAUAUCAUAUAUAUAUAUACUACACAGAUAUUCUGUUUUUAUUAAAAUUCGUUUUUAUGAUUAAUUUUAAUGAAAAAACAAAAUAUAAAUUUUUUAAAAAAAGAGAAAAACAAAAUAACAAGAACAAUAAAAAAGUGAAAAAAGAUAUUGGCAUAUCAAGAAUUGAAAGAAAAAACUUAUUUAAUCAAAACUCCAUUACUUAUAUAAGUGAUUCUAAUAUGUGUAAAAAUAUUGAUUCUUUUUUUGACAGUAAAUGUGAACCUAGUAACGGUGGAGAAACAGAUAAUAAAAUAGUAAAAAUUAAUAAGAAUCCUGAAAAUUUGAAUAAUAUUUAUAUAGACUAUAUUGAUAAAAAAAAAAAGAAUGAAAAUAAUAAAGAAACAAAAUAUGAAAAACAUGUAAAUGAAAAGAAUGAAAAAGAAAAAAUAAAAAAAGGAAGAUAUAAUCUUCUUUUAAAAACAGAAUGCUUAAAACAAAAAAAUAUAAGAUAUACUGAAAGCAAUGACAAUGAUUUUAUCGAAGAAUUAAAAACAGAUAUAAAUGAAAAUUUAUAUAAUAAUUACCAAACGUAUUUUAUAAAAAAUGUUUUUUCAAUGAGAAAACUAUUUAAAAUUGCUUUAGAAGGUGCUGAUGAAAAUGUUAUAAAAAAAAUUUACGAUUUAGGAAGAAGCAAUGCUUAUUUAUGGCUAUAUGUAGAAUAUUUAAAUGUAGGAAUUUUUUUAUAUAAAAAAAUAUAUAUGAUUUAUUUGAAAUUAAUAUCAGCAUUUGAAUCUUUACUUAAUUUGACUAAUUUAAAUAAAAAAAAAAAAAAAAAUGAAUUUAUAAAUUUAUCCGCUUCCAAUGAGAAUGUUUUAAUUUAUGUUAACGAAAACGCAUAUAGUUUAUUGGAUUUUUGUAAUUUUCUUGUUUUGUGUUAUUCUUAUUAUAAUUAUCCAAAAAAUGAUGCAGCAUUUACAAUUAAUAAUAGAAAAGAUAAACAUAACAAUUUUAAUUUUAUUUCAUCUAUAUUCAAAAUAGAUAAAAAAAAUUAUAAAGAUUCUUUUAGUGAUAAUGUUUUUAAAAAUCAUUCAGAUAAGAGUAUUAAUAGUUAUGGUAAUCAUAAAGAUUAUAAAAACAAAGGUGAUUAUUUUGAUAAGGAUAACGAAAUUGCAUGUAUAAAUACAACGAAUUCAUAUAGAAGUAAAAACAAAUUAAAUACAAAUGAAAAAUUUAAAUUAAAUGGAAAUAAUAACAAAUUAAAAAUUAAUGAGAAACUAAAUAAAGAAAAUUUGGAUACAGUUUCAACAAAAAAUAAGAGGUUAAAAAUCCGAAGAAGUAUAAGUUUGCCAUUAAAUUUAAAAAAAACAGUUAUGAAAAUAAAUAAUCUAAAAAAUAAAAUAAAUAUAAAUAAAAAUAUAAUAGAUGGUAUAAAUAAUGAAAUAUUAAAAGGAACUCCUUAUGAACACAUUUACACACAUUCAAAUUUUUGGAUUUAUUCUUCAUCAGAUGAAAGUGAAAUAAAUGACUUUAAUAAUGAUUAUUAUUUUAAUAAUACAGAUAAUACAAUUAAGGAAUUUGAUAACAUUUUUGAAAAAAUACCUAGUGAAUUAGACCACUUUUCGAAGAUCUCUAAUUUUUUUAAGAACUUUAAAAAUAUUGAUAAUAAUUUAAAUUUAUCAGGAUAUUUUGGCUUUUGA